AUGCCUUCUCUUCUGCUUCUACCCCGUGAGAUCCGAGAUCAGAUCAUCGAGUAUGUAAUCUGCUUUCGUGUAGAGCCCCCACGAGACCCCACGGAUGAUGCACAAUCGCGAAAAGAUGCCACUGGUCAGGCCGCGCUGAGGCCGCCGACUUUGUCACCAAGGACAUACAACACACUUGGGCUGCUUGGAACAAACAUUCAACUCAAAGCAGAAACUGAAAACCGCUUGAGGAGACUCAAUCCAACGUACACACUCGAUGUCAUGGUCGUCGACAACGAGAUCUGGCCUACCUGGACGUGCUGCCCGUCACGCGCAUCCGACUCGAUCGGCACGGUGCACGUGUCGCUACGCUUCUUCAGCAAGGUGAAUGACCCUUACGUUGUACAUGUUGCACGUACAUGUAGAGCCAUACUUCAAGGUCGCACAUGGACUUCCGCGUCGUUGCACCCUCUUGCCGAGAUAUUCUUGUACAUCCGCAACGUUUGCCUGCAGCCAGACUCAAAAGGCGUAAGCAGAAUCAGAUCUGUCUGUUUUGACGCAAGCACUGCUGAUCACUUCGACCGCGUCUCCGAUCUUGAGCCAUCAGAAUCUCUUUCGAACGCUGCGUUGAAGUCGCUGUUUGGAAAGCAUCGCUCCCUGUGGAACUCCUUUCGUAGUAUACAUCAAUAUCCCUUUGCUGGGAAAGGAGAAGCGAGACGACUGGAGCUUGUAUCCUCACUGAAGAUCAUGGUUCUAUUGAUGCUUCAGGAAGCGUGGGAGGACGAGUGCGCUACGUACACCAGCUAUGUUGGGCCAAUAGGAUCCUCAUUUCGCAGUGUGCAGGCUGUGCAAUUUCGCGUUGAUGGGAUAGUGCUAGAGCAACUGGCAUCGAGUGUCCUGUCAACCUGA